AUCUUCAACCUCUAGACGCUGGGACUAUCGGCUUCGCUGGGGAGCUCUGCAAAUGAGACUUCCUAUUCCGCCAACCUGAAACAGGAACCGUCUCCUUACCCCCGUUUUCUUCUUCCGGUCUUGGAGGGGCAUAGCCAAGAAGGACCUGGAACGUACGACGACAGGGGUGAUUGUCGAGCCAUCGAAACGCAGCACUACCUAACGUUAAGUGAUGGGAUGUCUGGGAUGCUGGGCCCCCUGUUGUCACCCGGCCGGCUGUUCAAGGGUCUUUAGCUUGGCUGCAAUCGCGGGUGAAGCCAUCCACUCUGCCGAGACAGACUGCGUCGACCUUGUGCCUUCGCGCGAUCAAAGGCCUAUUGGCUUGGAACAAGGCCAUCCUUUUUGUCAUUGUUCCGACCCAGCUGGCGCUGCGUUACACGCUGGGCUGUUUUCUAUUUUUUCUGUUCAUUGGCAUAGAUUGCGUCCGUUCGUUUGCCACGGGUACAUACACCAGCCGCUUCCACCACCUUGGUUCGAAGCUGGGCUCCGUCGUUUGCCCUACUGCGUCGACAGUGCUUCUUCAACUUCUUCAACACUGGCUCCGUCAAUAUCACACCGCCGACUCUCUCGAACCAACCAACUCAUUUUACAGCAUUGAUUCUUGUGCCACAGCCUGGUGGCCAACGAUUCGCCCUUUCAGAAUCCGCAUAUGUUACGUCACUCCGGUGGUGGGCAGGAUCGA